CUCACCCCUCAACUCUAAACCUAAGUGUAGAUUAGUUAAUCUUACGGUAUAAAUGUUUUUACCCUUCAUUAAAAGUGAUGGUAAAAGUGGUUAGUGUAAACAUGAUAAAUGAUAUUAUGAAUGUGGUAUAUGUGGUACUUUCCCAUCAAAAAAUAUGAUGUUUGACCAAAAACAUAAAAUGAUGAUUGUUUAAGUUUGGAACUAAAAUUAUUUUUGUUUUAAAUAAUUUUCUUUUAAAAAAGAAAAUUCAAAAAUCUCUCUAGCUAUAUCAGGGUUUGAUCGAUUUUAGAAUAUAGGCUAGAAAAAUUUUCAUGCCGAGCAAAAAUCUAGUAUUUUUGGGCUUUGCGGGUUUGAGGCGAGACUGGGUCAAUUUAACUCGAUUGAUGUUUUUUUUUUUUUUGAAACACUAUGUGAUGUUUCUUAUUUUGAUCUAUUAUUUUGUGAUAAAAAUGUUUGUGUUUUUAAAAUACAAUCAAUGGUUAAUUUUGUUGUAGAUUUUUAGUUGAAUUUUUUUAUCAAUAAAUAAUUAAUGAGAUGAUAUUUGAGAGGAUAUAUCAGUAGUAUAUUUUAGUUUUUUCUUAUAUCAAAAUUUUGGUUUAAAAUUUUAAAAUAUAUAAUUGAUAUUUGAGGAAUUUUAUUAUUAAGAUCCCCAAUACUAGUAUGACUCUUUAAAUGUGGUUUAUCUAAUGCAACAUGGAGUUUAUUUUGUAAUAAUCUUGUCGAUGUCCUUGUUACAGAGAUUGUUAUCAGCUAUAGUGAUCGAUACGUUGUGGCAGACUUGAACUUAGAAGAGCCUUGGGAUUAGUGUUCUAAAAUACGGUCUAAGCGUUCGUCUAGGUGGCGUUUGAGCAUUAUACAGUGGUCAGUCGUACUGUUUUUUAUGUUAUACGGUGUUUUAUGCAAAUUUAUAUAAUUCGGGCGAAUAAUAGCGUUUAAGCGGACAAUAUGUGAUCUACGCGGAUGCCUAGACGGAUUUUAAGCAUUAAUAUUCAGAAAAAUAAGCUAUUAAUAUUAUUAUUAUGUUUUAUUAAUGUUAUUAUUUAUAUUACUUUUACUUAUUUUAUAUAUUUAUAUAAUUGUAGAUAUCAGUACAAUUGUUUCAAAAUUAUUUUAAAUUUAUCAUCUUUACAUAUUUAAAAUGGCUUUGAUUUUUAUAAUUGAUUAUAUAUGUUAAACUAUAUACUUAUACAUAAAAUUGGAUUUAAAAUAUAUUUAUGUCUUAUACUUAUAUUUCGUAUAAAAAGAUAUAUCCGUAUGUAAAAGUUAUCUAAGGCGUAAUGAACGCUGUUUACAACACUGCUUGAGAUCAUGUUCGAAAGGAUAACAUAAACAUAGAGAAAGUGGGUCCCAUUAUCUCUGACAGACAAGAUUCUACGUGGGUCAUUGUCAUAACGACAACAGAAAACAACAAACAUCUCUCAUAUUUGACCGUUGGAUCAAAUCUUUACCUCAUGCAAAGUCGUUAAACUGUUUCUUAAAGACCCCAAAAUAGAAAAACAAAGAGAGAGCUAGAUCUUUUGAAUUGUCUACUCCACAGAAUCUAGGGCUCCUCCUAGUUUCUCGCGAAACAAAAACGAAUCAGUCUCUCAUGGUCCUAAAGAUUAAUGACAUUCUGUUCUUCAGUUUUCUCUCUCCGGAUUUUCGUUAUCGACGAACAGAGUUUGCUGCAACUUUUUGACCACCAUGCAGUGACUUAACGGAAAAAACAAAAGCUUCUUUUCGUCCUCAUCUCUUGUUUCUUGAGUUACAAGUCUUCUCUCCUGUGAUUUUAGAAUUUCUCAUUGUACUAGGGCGUUUCCAUUUCUGAAAAGUCAUUGAUUCUACAUUUGGCUCUCUCUCCUUCCUCUGCCAUUUACAUUUACAUAGAAAAGAUAUUCCUAUUCACCUGGAUCCUCAUAUAGAUCAAACGAACCCUCCUGACACAUAACCUUUGAGAGACUCAAUUACCUCUUGAUCAUCCUCUGUCUUCCAUCUGAUGAACCUGAGAUUCUUGGGUUUUAUACUUGGGGAUCAAUCAGGAGAUAGUAUUUGUUUUUGAUGCACACGGAGAUUGUGAUUUGUCUGGAGUAUUAUGGGUUGCAUCUUCUCAAAAAGAAAUACAGAAGAAGAAGAAGAAGAAGUUAAUGUUAAACCUCAAGAAACAUCCUCAGUUCAAUUGAUUGCGCCUACAACCUCCCAGAAAGAUGACUUUUCACAUAAAUCCGUGGACGGAAGCUCAUCGCAUAAAGCAUCUGGUCGGGGCAGCGGAUUGAUUGUUCCUAUAGACGAUAGUGAUGGUAAAACGGUGAUUGUGGAGAGACCCACGAGGUCCCACCGGAGAUGUUCAACAGCAGAUGUUGGAACAGGUGGAGGAUUUCAAUUGUUUCAGCAGCCCCCGAGUAAUGUUAUCUCAAGUAGCCCCGAGUCUGAGCUCACUGCAGCUGGAUGGCCUUCUUGGUUAACCUCUGUUGCAGGUGAAGCCAUCAAGGGUUGGGUUCCUCGUCCGGCCGAAUCCUUUGAGAAGUUGGAAAAAAUUGGACAAGGGACUUAUAGUACCGUGUACAGAGCUCGUGAUCUUGAGACCGGUAAAAUGGUAGCCAUGAAGAAGGUUAGAUUCGUAAAUAUGGAUCCUGAGAGUGUGAGAUUCAUGGCUAGGGAAAUCAACAUCUUGCGGAAACUUGACCAUCCAAACGUUAUGAAGCUCGAGUGUCUUGUGACCUCAAAACUCUCUGGAAGCUUGUACCUUGUGUUCGAGUACAUGGAGCAUGAUCUUUCUGGUCUCGCUCUUAGACCCGGUGUCAAAUUCACAGAACCUCAGAUCAAAUGUUACAUGAAACAGCUGCUUAGCGGUCUUGAACAUUGCCACAGCCGAGGAAUCCUCCACCGCGACAUUAAGGGUUCAAAUCUCUUGGUGAACAAUGAUGGAGUCCUCAAGAUUGGAGAUUUUGGUCUGGCGAGUUUCUAUCAUCCAGAUCAAGAUGAACCCCUGACGAGCCGUGUAGUCACCUUGUGGUACAGGGCCCCUGAGCUUCUUCUUGGAGCUACAGAGUAUGGAGCCGGCAUAGAUUUGUGGAGUGUUGGUUGCAUUCUAACAGAACUUUUCUUAGGGAAACCAAUCAUGCCCGGAAGAACAGAGGUGGAGCAAAUGCAUAAGAUCUUCAAGUUGUGUGGUUCACCAUCCGAUGAUUACUGGCUGAAGACAAAGCUACCACUUGCGACAAGUUUCAAACCACAACAACCUUACAAACGUGUCCUUCUGGAGACGUUCAAGAGUUUGCCAUCUUCUGCUCUAGCUCUUGUUGACAAGCUUCUAUCCUUAGAACCAGAGAAGCGAGGCUCAACUUCAUCAACGCUAAACAGCAAGUUCUUCACAACCGAACCACUCCCUUGCGACGUAUCAAUUUUGCCCAAGUAUCCUCCAAGCAAGGAACUUGAUGCAAAGGUCCGUGAUGAAGAAGCAAGAAGGAAACGUGCCCAAACUGUGAAGGGACGUGAAGCUGAAUUGGUGAGAAAAGCUUCGAGAGAUUUUAAUCCUGAGGAAGCCAGUAGAACAGGGUCGAGAGGAGAGACGGGAAGAGGCGAUAGAGAUAAAGGAUUUUCUCAUACCAAUUCAAUGAUUCACCCAAGUAUAACAGCAACAUGGAGUAAAAACGAAAGCUCUAGGCACAAUGUAGUAGAGCUGAAAGCUACCCGAUCUAGCAAUGUGCCAGUCACAGCAAGAUACUUGUCUCCUUCAUAUAAAGAUGAUGCAGCCAUUGAACCCACGACGACAUACAGACGCAAGAAGAACAGAAUGCACUGUUCUGGUCCAUUGAUGCCUCCAGGUGGAAACAUUGAGGACAUUCUGAAAGAGCAUGAGAGGCAAAUCCAAGAGGCUGUAAGGAAAUCGCGGCUUGAGAAAUCUGCAACAAAGAAAAAUCACAAAACAGGUUCAUAAAUAGAAGACAUGAGUGAAGCUUUCGUAACACCAAAAACAUCACCUGAACUGGAAGAAGGAAGUCUGACCAUGGCUGUCGGGCUCUGCUACUCGGUUUUAUGCUGCAUUAGCGACGGUUCUUCAACAUCUUUUAGCAGGCCGUUGCCGCCACAGCUAUGCUUGUGCUACUAAGCUCUGUAAUUAUGUGGUCAUUGUACAUGGAAACUCUUUGAUUUCUCUCUCCCUCACAUUUUCAUGUGGCUUGGAGAAGCAAAUAAGUGUGUGUGUACUAUUUAGGAACUGUGUUUAGUUGUGCAAGUAAUUCUGCAGAUAUAAGUUUUUUUUCCCGGUGCUCAAAUGGGAGUCUCUUACUUAGAGCAUCUUUAUCUAUGGUUGUUAGUAGGUUGCUUAGGCUAAUAUUGGAUUAAAAGAAAAUAAAAAACCCAAAUUAACAAUAACAACGUUGCCUAAUUAAACCCACUCAAGCAACUACGCUCUUGGACACGUGUUGGGACGAGAGAUGAGAGAGGAGAGAGGGGUCGUCGAUUUCGUCUCAUCUCACGGUUCUUUCUCAAUCUAUCUCUCGAAACCUCUCGACCGAAGGCGAUUCGGUUUCUCUCUGUGCCUCCUCGACGGCGACGGCGAUGGACCGCUCUCUCUCGGUGUCUCUCGUCGACGGCAUGAACGCUGAUUCUCUCCCUCUCCGUGGGUCUCGUCGACGGCGAGGACCCGCUAUCUCUCUGUGGCUCUCCGGGAAUCUAAAGGUAAAGAUGAUAUUGUGUUCUUUUAUAUCAUGCAUGUCUUAGAUUAGGGUUAUUCUCGUUCUGAUCGAAAGUUUUGUGUGUUUGUUAGUUCGAUUCCGUCUCUCACAACGGCGACGGAGAAGCUCUCUGUUGGUGGGUCUCCUCGUAUCGAUCAGGUAAAGUUUCCUCUUUUAUUUGUUUCCACUUUAAUUCUUGUUAAGAAUUUUUGUUGAACAAUUGGGAUUUGUUUGUUGCUAACUUUAAGAAUUUUGAUUUGUUUGCUUUCUGUUGAUUCUUUUCUUUUUGUUUUUGUCUUUGUGUGGUGAGAUGGAGUGAUCAAAUCUCUGUCGUCAUGUUCUGUAGAAAGAGACUUGAGGAAGGUUCAUCGAACAAAGGACUUCAAUUGCUUCUCAGGUUAGUGUUAAUGCUUUGGUUAGUGUAAUGAAAUGAAAAGCAUUGAAUUAGCUUCUGUUAGGAAUUGAAUCGAGGGUAAUCAAUGCUUUGGUUAGUGUAUUGUUAUGGUUGUGUAUGGAAUUUAAUAGAACUGAUGGUUAGAUAGAAAAUUGAAGGUGAAGUGUGUUGAAUGAGUUAGAAAAAUGUCAAGUCGUUUAGGUUGUUGGGUGUGAUGAAUGCAUUGGUUGGUUGUGUGAUGAAUGUUUGAAUUUAAAUUUGUUCUCCUCUUACUUUUCUCUGCAUUCCUUCUUCUCUUUCUAUUCAGCUUCGUUCUCUGCAUUCCUUCUUCUCUUUCUUUCCAGCUUUUCAAUUUUCUUCUUCUCUCCCUUGCCAUUUCCUGAUAUGGAUUUUACUCCAUACGCAGAGGCAGCAAAUUUUGUUGAGCAUAUGGUUCUGCGGGUGAUAUGGUUGACGAAUACCUCCGACUCGGUGAAACAACAACUCGGUUAUGUGUAGAAAAAUUUAUGGAAGGCAUAAUAAAUUUGUUCGGCGAUGAGGACUUAAGAAGACCAAUACCGGCUGAUCUUCAACGUCUACUUGCUGUUGGAGAGUAUCGAAGUUUUCCCGGGAUGAUAGGAAGCAUCGAUUGUAUGCAUUGGGAGUGGAAGAAUUGUCCGACCGCUUGGAAAGGGCAAUAUUCUCGUGGUUAGGAUAAACCAACAAUCGUUUUAGAAGCGGUUGCUUCAUACGAUCUCUGGAUAUGACAUGCAUUUUUUGGACCUCCAGGUACGUUAAAUGAUAUCAAUGUGCUUGAUCGAUCACCUGUUUUUGAUGACAUAAUUCAAGGUCAUGCUCCGAAAGUCACUUUCUCUGUUAAUGGAAGACAGUAUGAUAUGGCUUACUAUCUCACCUAUGGUAUCUAUUCGAAAUGGGCUACUUUUAUCCAAUCUAUUCGUUUACCACAAGUGCCAAAAGCAGUUUUAUUUGCUCAACAUCAAGAACAUGUCCGAAAAGAUGUCGAGCGUGCUUUUGGAGUCCUGCAAGCUCGCUUUGCCAUUGUUAAAAAUCCAGCGCUGUUCUGGGAUAAAGCUAAAAUCGGGAAGAUUAUGAGAGCAUGUAUCAUACUCCAUAAUAUGAUAGUAGAAGACGAACGAAAUGGAUACACUCAAUAUAAUCUUGCAGAGUUCAUCCAAGGAGAAGAAAAUGGAAGUUCACAUGUCGAGAGCGAUUUUGAUCGAGAUAACAUAAAUGGGGUGGCAAAUACGAUGGAUGCUCGAGCAAGAAUUCGUGAUAAACCAAUGCAUCAACAACUGAAACAUGAUUUGGUUGAGCAUAUAUGGCGUCAAUUUGGGGAUGGUGAUGACAACAACUAAGUUCGGAUGCUUCUUUCAAAUAAUUAUCGUUUAUUUUACUAAACUGUUGUUUUCAAGUUUUUUUUAAAAAAAUCUAUGUUUAAAAUGUUAUCUUUUAUUAUGUUUUAUGUAAUAAAAAAAUUUAAAUUUUAAUAAAAAUUGUUAAAAAAAAUUAAGCAACCAAAUAUAAGAGACUUGCAAUGGAGGAGCAAAAUAAGGAAGUUGCUUACCCAAGUCUCUUAGCAUAAUUUACUUCUUAAAUACUACUAAAAUAUUACUAAGCAACCCAUAAUGAGUUGCAAGGAUAAAGAUGCUUACACAGAAGUGCAUUUACAUAAACAAAAACUACGUAAGAGCAUGAUUAACCCACAAUCUCACUUAGGGUCUCUUAGUGAUUAUUUUAUUAAUUAAAUGUAAUUAAGAACCUUAGCUAAGAAAUACUUUGAUUUUGUGCUCCAAUGGGAGUCUCUUACUUAGAGGUUCUUAAAAAAAAAUUAAACAUUGCUCAAACAUGUAUAUGGUUCAUGAAGAUUGGAUACAAGCAUAUAGAUGUUUAUAGAUAUGCAAAACACAGGGAGCAAUUGACCUGCAAUUUGAGACCUAACUCAGAACAAUAGUGUUGUUGAGUGAAAGGAAGCAAGAUCCUAAGAAGUUCAGUACCAGCCUAACAGGUUAUUAAAGAACUUAGUAACAGCAAUCAAGGCAAGAGGAAUGACAACAGAUAUAAACUUUAAUCAAAACUAUUCAGUGAAGAACAUAACAUAUUCUAAGAAAACAUGGAAAAACAUGAAUACACAAUUCUGAAAAAAAAAACAAGAAAAUGGAACAGAUACAAACU